AUGCAUCGUCAUCAUAGUCAACAAGAUAACAAUCGUCAUGUUAGAUCAAAUGAUAUCGAACAUAGCUGGAAUCCAUUAACUCCACCAUUAAGCAAUGAGAAUAGUCAACAGCAACAACUAAUACAUGCUCACCAAACAGAAGAUGAGUUGACUGAUGAAUUAUUUGAAAAAAUUGAACAACUCAUCUGUGAUUAUAUGCGGCAACCCCAUCGAGAUCGUUUACAUUGUCGAGUUCUUCGAUGGGGCAUCCAAGAAGAUCUCUCACGCUUGUUUAGUGCUGUGAUUGUCAUUAAUCCACCAACGACAAGACGUUCAUGA